UUAGCCCAGCUCUACUACCUGGGUCAGCACAUACAAAAGUGCAUUGAAAAGUUAAAGAAAUAUGCCAGUUUGUAAUUGUUAAGUUAUCUGUUUCGUUGUAAUGGGGAAAGAGAUAAAAAACUGAUUUCGGUUGUUUCUAUUCGUGAAAUGCUAACUCCAUUUGCCUGCUGGCAUCUGUGUUGCGGAGUGGGUGUGUGUGCUCGCUUUCUGAUUGGAGAAAAAUGAACGGACAACAACAACGGAUGAACUGUGCAGAGUGCAGCAAUUAAGUUUAAUUAAGCCAAACAAUUGGAUGUGAAAAGUCUGAGCUGAGCUGUUGCCCCCGAAAAGUGCAUUUAUUAAGGCGAGUUCCGAUCUGUCCCUAAAAAGUGAAGGCAGCAUAGCCGCAGAACACACGAAAUGCCACCGUUAAAAACAUACCAGAUACACCACGAAUACAAUGGCAAUCCCAGUCCGAAUGCGAAUGCCAAUCAGAACGCCAAUCAGAGUCCCACCAGCGGCGAUGGUGACUUCUUUGGCCAGAAUCUGGGACUGGGAGCCACGGCGGUCAGCCAGCGCACAAAUCUACCCUCCUACUGCAACGCCCAGUAUCCGUUCAAGGUCCUCUCCAAUCUCAACCAGCUGCGCGAGCAGUCGCGCUUCUGCGACGUGGAGAUCAUCGCCGGAAUGGCCACGUUAAGUGCUCAUCGGGCUGUUCUAAGUGCGGCCAGUGCCUACUUCGAGGCCAUGUUCCGACCCGAACUGGGGCUUAACGAGGUCAAGCAGAAGUCCGUGGUGCUGCACACCAUAGACGGCGACAUACUGCACAUCCUGCUCGACUUCAUCUACACGGGUCGCUGUGAAAUUACCCAGUCCAAUGUCCAAGAGCUGCUCGCCGCCGCCGACAUGUUGCAGCUAAACGAGGUGGUCGACGGGUGUUGCGAGUUCCUUUGCCGCGAGCUGCACGCCUCCAAUGCACUGGGCAUUUUACGCUUCGCGGAGGCCCACAACUGCGAGUCGUUGGCCAAGAGUGCACUGAACUUUGUCCACGCCAAUUUCCCAGCGAUAACUCUGGAGGAUGAGUUCCUAGAAACCCCACAGACUCUGCUCUCGCAGCUACUGAAUUCGGAGCUACUGCGUGUGGACUCGGAGUCCCAGGUGUUCCAGGCAGCUCUACGCUGGAUCAAGCACGAUGUCACGCAGCGCCGCUGCUACGUCUUCGAUGUCCUGUCCCAUGUUCGCAUGGCUCUUGUUCCAGUAAAGGUGAUCGACAAGGCUCUAAAGGACGACUGUCGCGACAUGUCGGUGAAAAUAGCAUUGCGCUCCAUUUGUCGUGACAUUGCGUCAAAGCGAGGUCAAUUGGUACCGCUGCGCGUCUGCCCUCGGCAAUUGGCCAAGAAGAACAUCUAUAUCAUUGGCGGAUCUCAUCGGGACACGCCGCGCACCUGGAACUCGGCCGACUGCAUCUUCGAGACGGUGGCCAAGUUCGACAUAUUUCGGCGCGAGUGGACGGAGACGGCACCCAUGGAGGUGGGUCGCAUCCUGCCGGGUGUGUCGGCAUUGAAUGGCAAAAUUUACGUGGUGGGAGGAGAGCGGGGCUCACAGAUUCUGGCCAAUGGCGAGGUAUAUGAUCCACAGAACGACGUAUGGCAACCGAUUGCACCGAUGAUUGUGCCGCGCUGCGAGUUCGGACUCUGCACCAUGGGCGGAAAUCUGUUCGCCGUGGGUGGCUGGAUCGGGGACGACAUAGGCGGCUCCAUGGAGUGCUAUGAUCCGGAGCAGGACCUCUGGAAAUUGAUGGGCAGCAUGCCGCAGCCUCGAUUCAGCAUGGGUGUGGUUAGUUUCGAGGGUCUCAUCUACAUUGUAGGUGGUUGCACAACAACAACCCGUCAUCUGCCGGAUCUUAUCAGCUACAAUCCGGUGACCAAAGAGUGGACCGAACUGGCCCGCAUGCAAACGGCCCGCUGUCAAAUGGGCGUGGCUGUUCUGGAUCGCUAUUUGUAUGUGGUUGGCGGCAGUAGUAUUAGCCAGGACAUUCUCAGUUCUGUCGAACGCUAUAGCUUUGACGAGGACAAAUGGACGACCGUUUGUGCCCUGAACGUUCCCAGAGCCAUUCCUGCCGUGGCCGCUGCCGAUGGUCUACUUUACGUAGCUGGCGGUGAUCAGCCCUGUGAGGUAAACUUUUACCGAGCACAAGUGACUAUCAAUGCUGUUGAAUGCUAUGAUCCGCUAUCGGACACCUGGAAAAAUUGCCCCGAUCUACCAGUUAGCCGUUCGGAGGCUGGGGCAGUGGUUGUUUAAGAACUGCAGAGAUGGUCAAACACAAAAUCUGUCGUCGUUUUAAGCAUAACCCACACGUAAAACACUCUUUAACUGUAGCUCUAUGGCAUUGUAUACGUUACACUCAUCACAAAUCUCUUCCCUUUUUUUCGAUUUAAUUGAACGUAGUGGUCUCUCGCCAAAGAUAUGUAAGCGCGUUGUUACGGUUGAUGUUGUUUGUGGGAGCAUAGCGCAGCUAUUCACCAGUUAGUACACAUGCUAAUAGUUAGCCACGAAGGAAUCAGCCAGCCUCAGAUUGUUCCGUAGUUGAAGUUGUCCUUUAUAAAAGCGAAACCAAACACCGAAAACUAAGCAUUCACUUUGAAAAAAGUAUAUUAACGUAUCGUAAUUGCUGAACAUUAUUUGAAUCGAUUAUAUGUUUAUUUUCAAAUUAUGUAUUUAAUUUUAUUGUUGAAUGCGAAAUGGAGUGUUAGGAACAAUUUUUGAGGAGCCCUUGAGAUGAGCGUGUCUCCACUGAACUUUGUAAUUGUAUGGACUUAAGGGGCGUUUUUUCAUCUUCAUGUUAACUAAAUAUAUUCUAGCCUUGCAGUAUUGCAGUGCUGUCCGCACAUUUGAUAAUUCUUUUCUCAUCUGCAUUUAAACGUCAAGAACACUUUUAGAUAUCCAAUAAUUAUUUGUGGUGAAAAUGCAUUUUUAAGUAUUUUAAUUGUCAUAAAUAGAAGAAUAUACUUUGAAAGGUUAUUUAUCAUCCAUCAAACAAGAAUCUUUAGCAAGAAGGUGAGAAAAAGUCCCUAACUGUACCAAAGCAAAUUAAUACAAACAAUCAAAAAAAGCGAACUGUAUUCAUAAUAGGUGUAUUAUCGAAAUAAAUAUACGAAUUAUUAACUAACAACUUAA